AUGAUUGCGAGACGAGCCAAAUACGCGCACACAACUCAACGGCGCGCAACCACGUGGACGACGCUUACGCCCGGCACGUUGGCGCCCAGCGAACACGCUUUGCCUCCUGCCAUCAUCUGCCCUCCCGCCCAAGGCCAGCUUCGCAUGUUCCCCGUCCGCGUCGCCAGCCGCGACCCACACCACAUCAACAACGACGCCCGAGCCGCCAUCCACAGCGAGCUCAGCAUGAACAUGCACCACUCCGCAGACCGGGACCCGCGCAUCUACGGUUCAUACGGCACCACUCUCCACCGCACACUACACACCACCCCGCUCUCGACGCCUUCAGCCCAUCCUCACGCGCCACUGUACGCCACCCACAGACACCGCGGCUCUCUCGACGAGCGCUACACUCCCAGUCUUGCCACCAGCACGCCCUCUAGCAGUCCCACUACGGCUAGCUCGUCCCCGCCGCCGCCCACUUCGCCGUCCACCAGCUCGCUCCCGUCAUCUGCAUAUCCGCGCCACGUCGGAUACAGCUACCACGCACAGCAGUAUGACAGCAGGGAGAGCAGAAGCACGGCUGUCAAGGUGCGCGCACACAGUCCCGCCAUCGCCUCUGGCCACCGAUAUGCGUACGCCCCGCCACGUGCGGCCGUCUUUGACGACGAGUACGAUGAUACCCUCCGUGAGUCCUAUUUCCCUCGUUUUACCCCUUUUUCUUCGUUCUUCCCCUUGUUUCGUCCUGUGUCUUUGCCCAUCUUGCACCGCUGCCGUCACCCUGCACUCGCCCUGAGCAUGCACCCGCCACUACCUACCCUCGUGUCGGCACUCGCCCGUCGCCGGCCAUCUGCCCACACGCUCUCGGGCUCCGAUCCCCUCUGA